CUUGUAUACAAGAGAGACAAAGAACCCCUCUCUCUCUCUCUCUCUCUCUCUCUCUCUCUCUCUCUCUCUCUCUCUCUCUCUCAAAUAUAGGAAAAACUGUAUCCAGUUAAAUAUGGAAGCUUGCUUUCACUGGUUAUGUCUUCUCUUAUUUUCAUAUGUAUUACUGUUAUUUGCACAGAGAGCGAUCAUUCAUCUCUGGUGGAAACCAAAAAGAAUUCAAAAAUAUUUUUGGAAACAAGGAAUCAGAGGUCCUAAAUAUCAUUUUUUGUUCGGAAACCUCAAAGAAAUUGCAAGUUUCACUACUCCAUUAUUAUCUCGCCCUUUGACUUUCUCUCAUGACAUUCUUCCUAGAGUUCUCCCCUUUUACCAUCAUUGGAAGAAAAUCUAUGGUUCAACAUUUGUUAUAUGGUUUGGACCAACGGCUCGUGUGACCAUAUCUGAUCCAGCUCUCAUUAGGGAUAUUUUCGUCCUGAAAUCAGAGAGCUUUGAGAAAAAUGAGUCACCCCCUCUUGUAAAGAAGCUUGAAGGUGAUGGUUUAUUGAGUCUAAAAGGAGAAAAAUGGGCUCACCAUAGGAAGAUUAUUACUCCUACACUCUACAUUGAAAAUCUCAAGCUAAUGAUUCCGAUGAUGGGGAAGAGCAUGAGGGAGAUGUUGGACAAAUGGUCAAAAAUGUCGUCAAAUUGCGGCAAGGUGGAAAUUGAAGUCUCAAAAAUGUUCCAAACUUUAGCAGAAGAUGUGAUUACGCGUAUUGUAUUCGGAAACAGCUACGAAGAUGGACGAGCCAUCUUUGACUUGCAAGCACAACAAAUGGUUUAUGCCACUGAAGCUUAUCAGAAAGUUUUCAUCCCUGGAUACAGGUUUUUGCCUACUAAAAAGAAUAGAAUUUCUUGGAGAUUGGAUAAAGAGGUUAGAAAAUCUUUGAUAAAGCUUAUUGAAGAAAGAAGAAAAAAUUCGGAGGGUACUCAGGUGUUGUUGUCAGACGAAUGUCCGAAUGAUUUAUUGGAAGUAAUGAUCAAAGCUAGUACAAGUAAUGAAUAUACAACAAAUAGUAGUUCAAAUAUUACAGUUUAUGACAUUGUCGAGGAAUGCAAGACCAUCUUCUUUGCCGGCAAACAUACGACGUCAAAUUUGCUGACGUGGACGACCAUUUUAUUGGCCAUGCAUCCUCAGUGGCAGGAACUUGCACGUGAGGAGGUUUUGUCUGUCUGUGGAUCACGUGAUACCCCAUCUAGAGACGACCUCGCCAAGCUUAAGACGCUCGGAAUGAUCUUGAAUGAAUCCCUGCGGCUAUAUCCACCAGCAGUGGCAGCAAUCAGAAGAGCCAAAAUCGAUACACAAUUGGGGAAUUUCAAAUUACCCAAAGGGACAGAGCUUCUUAUACCAAUUAUAGCAAUUCAUCAUGAUCCAGCAUUAUGGGGACAAGACGCUAAUGAAUUUAAUCCAGCAAGAUUUGGUCGAGGAGUGGCACAAGCAGCAAAACACCCAAUGGCAUUUAUGCCUUUUGGCUUAGGCGCCCGCCGUUGCAUUGGACAAAAUUUAGCCGUUAUGCAAGCUAAAUUAGCAAUAGCUAUGAUUUUGCAACGUUUUUCUUUUGAUAUUUCUCCAACUUAUCAACAUGCUCCUACUAUUUUAAUGCUCUUAUGUCCACAAUAUGGUGCUCCCAUUAUUUUCCAGAAGUUGUAGUUGACAUACUUAUAUAUAUAUAUGUUCAUGCUUGUACAAAUAUAAAAUUUUCCAG